ACUAUUUAUCGCCACGUGAUCACUAGAAAUUAUCGAUAUAGUCUUAAGGAAAGUGACGGCCGAAACUUCGUAUUGCACAUCACAGACGUUCAAGAAUCCGAUAGAGGGGGCUACAUGUGUCAGGUUAACACUGUGCCGAUGUUGAGUCAAGUUGGUUACCUUGAUGUCCUCUUACCACCUGACAUCAUAGUUGACAAGAGUACCUCAGAUCUGGUAACUCGGGAAGGCUCUAAUGUGACUUUGGAAUGCAAGGCCAAAGGGUAUCCAGAACCAAACAUUACAUGGAGAAGAGAAGACUGUGAACCAAUCCCCAUGUCUCAGGAAGGCGGACAGAAAGUUAUAAAGUUAAAUCACGAGGGGGAGAAGCUGAGCAUCACACGUGUUACCAGGUUACACAUGGGAGCCUAUCUAUGUAUAGCCUCAAAUGGUGUCCCUCCAUCGGUCAGCCGAAGAAUUCUACUCCAUGUUCAUUUCCCUCCAGUUCUAUGGGUCCCUAGUCAGCUUGUUGGGGCUCAGCCUUGGCAAGAGGUUACGUUAGACUGUCAUGCCGAGGCUUACCCACAAUCCUUCAACUACUGGGAACGAGAAGAUGGCAAGAUGAUCAUGUCGAACGAUAAAUACAAAGUCCGCUUAAAACAGAAGUCGUAUAAGGUCCACAUGAGGUUAACGAUUCGAAACAUCCAAAAGGAGGACUUUGGCUCAUACAGCUGUUUGACGAGGAAUUCGCUGGGGAUGACUGAAGGAUCGAUAAAGCUUUACGAACUUUCGCCGCCAACGUCUGCUGUUUCAAACGACGCAGCCGGUGGUUUUAAGUUAAUAAACGGCGAUUUUCCGAAGCAUCAAAGUCUAGGCUCUGAGAAGUCCUCCAAGGGAUUCCAAAACGGCAACAUCAAUCCAGGGCCUCAAGGAACAAGUGGCUCUAUAAAAACCAGCUUUCAGCGUCCCUUGCUCCUUUUCUUUGUAGUCAGGACAAUGGCUAACGACCUCUGGACGAUCACGUGAUUUCCACCUGGCAUCCAUUACAGAGGCUACGGUCAGAUACAGGGACAGCUUAUUCUACAGUGAUAGUCGCAGUUCUUUUCUUAUUCAGUGGACAAGUACAAAGACAAUUCGUUCGUGCUCAAAAAUGUAGGUGGUACUAUAUGUUAGACCUAGUCUCCGGCCAUUAUCUAUCAUUGACAAGAAUGGAUAACCUGACAAUGUUCGAGGUCAUUAUACAUCUGGUCAGCAAUCAGGAGUUAUGACAAAUAAAAGUACGGAGAGAGAUCCCACCAACCACAAUUAAUAUUUACAUAUACGUAUGGCCAAUAAAGAAAGGUCAAGAAAAGUACAGAGAGAUCCCACCAACCACAAUGAACAUUUACAUAUAAGUAUGGCCAAUAACGAAGGGCCCAGAAAAGUACUGAGAGAUCCCACCAACCACAAUGAAUAUUUACGUAUAAGUAUGGCCAAUAAAGACAAAGAGAAGUACAAUGAAUGAUUACAUAAUCAGUGUUCAAGAAAAAUAUAUAAAUAACUAAUUUGUUCGAGCAAACAGACGAGCUUGUUUUCUUAAAUUAAAUGUUUUAUUUUGUGUAUUUAAUCAUCAAUAGUUAGAUUAUGAAAAUCAUAAUUUAAAACUAACUUUACUAUAUUAAAUUUGUGCAAUGUAAGUUACCAUUUAUUUAAUUAUUCUAUCAAAUUAUGAUAUAUAUAUAUAUAUAUUGUAUUCCGACGUGGCUCGGAUGUCACAAGAAACCUUAACACAAGGAUAUCUUAGUGCUAAAAAUUAUAGUUUCUGUGUGGUAUCUCCCAAACGUUGUUAUAAAAUAUGUUAUUAGGAUAAUGUAAACUGUAGUUCUAUUACAUAAAGUAAUUAUCAAUGUAAAUAGUGAGCAGUGCAUUGACAAAACAAUGUCAAAGUCAGUUCGUACUGGUUCAUACAUAGUUCAGUAGUAAACGUUUGUGGAUUAGCACGUAACAACAUUAAUGUAUUGAAAAAAGAUAUACAUAUUGGUUAUUAUUAACGAAUAAGUGGGCGUAUAAAUUAUUAUUUCCUGAGUAAUGUAUGGCUUUGUAAUCUACGAGAGAAAUUAGGUAAGUAAAUACAGAGGAAACUAUAAAUUGUUAUGUUGUGAUUGAUUUGUAACGUGCUAAUUGGUGCAUGGUGACUGUUUGUAACAUAUUAAUUGGUUUGUACUGAUUAGCUUGUAACGUAUUACUUGCUAUGUGCUGAUUAGCUUGUAACAUGUUACUUGAUAUGUGCUUAUUAGCUUGUAACAUAUUACUUGCUAUGUGUUGAUUAGCUUGUAACGUAUUACUUGCUAUGUGCUGAUUAGCUUGUAACAUAUUACUUGAUUUGUGCUUAUUAGCUUGUAACGUAUUACUUGCUAUGUGUUGAUUAGCUUGUAACGUAUUACUUUCUAUGUGCUUAUUAGCUUGUAACAUGUUACUUGAUAUGUGUUGAUUAGCUUGUAACGUAUUACUUGAUAUGUGUUGAUUAGCUUGUAACGUAUUACUUGCUAUGUGCUGAUUAGCUUGUAACAUGUUACUUGCUAUGUGCUGAUUAGCUUGUAACGUAUUACUUUCUAUGUGCUGAUGAACUUGUAACGUAUUACUUUCUAUGUGCUGAUUAGCUUGUAACGUAUUACUUUCUAUGUGCUUAUUAGCUUGUAACCUGUUACUUGAUAUGUGCUUAUUAGCUUGUAACAUGUUACUUGAUAUGUGUUGAUUAGCUUGUAACGUAUUACUUGCUAUGUGCUGAUUAGCUUGUAACAUAUUACUUGAUUUGUGCUUAUUAGCUUGUAACGUAUUACUUGCUAUGUGUUGAUUAGCUUGUAACGUAUUACUUGCUAUGUGCUGAUUAGCUUGUAACAUAUUACUUGAUUUGUGCUUAUUAGCUUGUAACGUAUUACUUGCUAUGUGCUGAUUAGCUUGUAACAUGUUAUUUGCUAUGUGCUGAUUAGCUUGUAACAUAUUACUUGAUAUGUGCUUAUUAGCUUGUAACGUAUUACUUGCUAUGUGCUGAUUAGCUUGUAACGUAUUACUUGAUUUGUGCUUAUUAGCUUGUAACGUAUUACUUUCUAUGUGCUGAUGAACUUGUAACAUAUUACUUGCUAUGUGCUGAUUAGCUUGUAACGUAUUACUUGAUUUGUGCUGAUUAGCUUGUAACGUAUUACUUUCUAUGUGCUGAUGAACUUGUAACAUAUUACUUGCUAUGUGCUGAUUAACUUGUAACAUACUGAGUAAUGAAGAACGUCUCAUACACUUGACACAGCUUAUAGAUCACUACGCACAUAUACGUUUAUAUGUAUAGCUAUUCUGUAUUUGACAAUGGUCACUUACAUACAGUACUUGCAUUUUUAUUUGUUUGGUUUUGAUUUUGUUUUUUCAGUCGAGAUCUGCGUGUCAGGUGAUUUUGCAGAUACUGGCUUACUCCAAUAUUGUGUGGUAGUAUUGUUACAUCAUACUUUCACAACGUUACAACAGUGUAAAAAACGUGCUAACAUUAUCUAAAGAAAUCAGCUGUAAAGAUAACAGAUAAGAAUAUGAGUAACGGAGGUUAGGGUUGGACUCACAACUAACCGCGACCAUGUUUUUACCCACUGACGCAUGGUGUACUUACAUUUAUUUGAAAUGUAGUAGAACGUAUAGAAGGUUUAAGGAAGGGUAUAAUCACCAAUGGUAGAAAUCUCCAUUUUUGUGUUGACAUGACAGUCGUUAGGGAUCCAAAAAUUAGUGUUUGGUUAUAAAUAAAUAUUUUAUACAACUACCACUUCUAUAUAAUGACUUUGUUUUAGUGUGCUGUCAGUAGACAGAAAUGAUUUAGUGAUAAUAACGUAUAGUUUCUGUAGUGCAUGACGUUUACUAAACUAAUGAAUAAGUAGUAGCGACGAAUCAAUGGGCAUUAUGGUCAUGUAAUAUUGUGUAGUAAAAGCUGUUUCUUUGUAGACGGACUUUCUUAACUUCUGAAAUAAAGCUGCAGAACUCUCAA